AUGGCUCAUCACAUUCGUCAGGGCUGGGCAUGGUUGGCAGUGAGGCUUUGUGCCAUGGUGGUAGUGUUGGCAGCAGGAAGCAUCGGGCAGAGCCAGGAGAAAGGGCCCUCCUGCUACGGGGGAUUCGACCUCUACUUCGUUUUGGACAAAUCCGGGAGUGUGCAGCACCACUGGAAUGAGAUCUAUCACUUCGUCGAACAUCUGGCUCAUAAGUUCAUAAGUCCACAGCUGCGGAUGUCCUUCAUCGUCUUUUCCACCGAGGGCAGGAUUCUCAUGAGACUGACUGAGGAUCGGGAGCGUAUUCGCAAGGGUUUGGAGGAGCUCCAGAGGGUGCUGCCAGGAGGAGACACCUUCAUGCAUGAGGGCAUCCAGAGGGCCAGCGAGCAGAUAUACUAUGGGAACACAGAAGGAUAUCGCACAGCCAGUGUUAUCAUUGCUCUGACGGAUGGUGAGCUGCAUGAAGACCUGUUCUACUAUGCAGAGAGAGAGGCUAACCGCUCGCGGAGUCUGGGCGCCUCAGUGUACUGUGUGGGGGUGAAGGACUUCAAUGAGACACAGCUGGCAAAAAUUGCAGACAGCAAGGACCACGUCUUCCCAGUGAAUGAUGGCUUCGAAGCCCUGCAAGGAGUCAUAGAUUCGAUCCUGAAGAAGUCCUGCAUCGAGAUCCUGGCGGCUGAACCCUCUAGCAUCUGUGCAGGAGAGACUUUCCAAGUGGUGGUGAAAGGAAAUGGCUUUCUGCACGCCCGCAAUGUGGAAAAGGUCCUGUGCAGUUUCCGCAUCAACGACACCCUGACCAAGAUGGAGAAACCUUUGGUGGUGAAGGACACCUAUCUCCUUUGCCCUGCUCCGGUUCUCCAGGAAGUAGGAACGGCAGCCUCCCUCUAUGUCAGCAUGAAUGAUGGCCUGAGCUUCAUCUCCAGUUCAGUCACAAUCACAACUGUUGGCUGUUCCGAUGGGACGAUCCUGGCCAUUGCUCUGCUCAUCCUCAUGCUCCUGCUUGCCCUGGCCCUCCUCUGGUGGUUCUGGCCCCUGUGCUGCACGGUGAUAAUCCAUGACCCCCCUCCCCCUGUUGUGGAAGACAGUUCGGAUGAGGAAGAUGAUGGUGCUCCCAAGAAGAAAUGGCCCACUGUGGAUGCUUCCUACUACGGGGGCCGUGGGGUGGGUGGAAUCAAGAGGAUGGAGGUGCGCUGGGGUGAGAAGGGCUCCACAGAGGAAGGGGCGAAGCUGGAGAAGGCCAAGAACGCCCGGGUGAAGAUGCCAGAACAGGAGUUUGAGCUGCCGCCUGCUCGCACCCUCAAUAACGGCAUGCGCAAACCGUUGGGCCCGCGGAAGUGGUACUCCCCCAUCAAGGGCAAGUUGGACGCUUUGUGGGUGCUGCUGAGGAAAGGCUAUGACCGCGUGUCUGUUAUGAGACCACAGCCAGGAGACAAGGGCCGCUGCAUCAACUUCACCCGGGCGAAAUCCAACACACCCCCCCGCUAUCCUCUCUACAACCACCACUCCACCCCAAUCUACAGCCCUUCCAGAGGCUGCAGCCCUCCCCCUCCACAAGGCAUGUUGCCCCCUACCCCUCGCAGCCCUCCCGCCUCCCCAACCCACUCUUCCACUUCCACGCUGCCACCUCUGCCUCCAACACCCCCUCCUCUGUCCAUGACCCCUCCCCCUUAUACUCCUCCUCCAACCCGUGAACUGCCCCCGACUUCCCUUUAUCUCCCUCCACCCCCAGCUCCACCCUCUCCACCUCCACCUGCGUCUCCAACUGGUUCCUUGCCCCCUCCUCCCUUGGCACCACCCCCCUGCCGAGCCCCUCCCCCUGCCCGCCCCCCGCCACGCCCCUCUCUGUAG